AUGGUUUCUGAUUCAAUCUCUGCCGCUCCGAUUCCUUCCGCCGCAAACACUAAGAACCCAGGCAAGAAGAAGAGGACCAACAGGUCUGCGAAAUUGAAGCAGUAUAAGAUUGAUGCGCGUCGCGAACAAUGGUUAUCUCAAGGUGCUGCAAAGAAUAAGGGGUGUAAGGAUGGAGUGGAGGAUGAUAUCCAUCUGCCGUCGUCGCCUAUGGGUAAACGUGGAAAACAGGAAUUGGAGAAAGUGGAAACGAGGCGGAGAGGUGAGGAGGAUGUGAUCCAUCAAGACAGUGAUUCGGAAUCGCCGUCGAACAGUCCUAUCAGUCCGAAUUGUAGUGUUUUAUGUGGUGGGACUGAUUCUGGGACGAAUUUCACGGGUAGUAGCAGCGGUGGGAGCAGCAGUAGUAGUUCUAGCAGUGGUGGGUGUUUCUCUGGGAAUGUUACGGAAGAGGAAGAGGAUAAUAAUGAUGAAGAGGUAGAAGAAGAUGAUGGAUGCUUGGAUGAUUGGGAGGCUGUGGCAGAUGCUUUAGCCGCUGAUGACAAGCACAAAACGUCUUCACAUGAUGAACCUGUUGUGGAAACGGAUUUAUCUCGUGAGUUGACUCAUGGUUCAAGUUUAGGAUAUCCAAAUUCCAAUCCAGGUAGUGCUGGGAUGGUUCCUUGGGGCUCUGGCAAUGGUAGAGCUUGGAGGGUGGAUGAUGCUCUUCGCCCCCAGACAUUGCCCAAUCUUUCAAAACAAUAUAGUAUGCCGAAUCCAGACCGGCGUUUUGGAGGAGGGGGCCCUUGGUCUCGCCUUUCUGUACCAUCCCCUUGUCCAAUUUGUUGUGAGGAUCUCGAUCUAACGGACACAAGUUUUCUUCCGUGCAAUUGUGGUUUUCGGCUUUGUCUCUUUUGCCACAAGAGGAUUCUUGAGCAGGAUGCUCGUUGUCCCGGGUGCAGGAAGCAAUAUGAGUGUGAACCUGUUGAGACAGAGGCAAGUGUGCAUGGAGGUAGCCUUACUCUUCGGUUGGCUCGAUCUGUUAGUAUGAUCGAAAGGUCUUGA